CGCACACUAACGGCUAGAGAAUCAUAAACACUUCAAUCCCCCCUCCUCUGUUUGGAAUUUGGUACGGUCCGCAGAGGGUACGCCUUUUCAGGAAGUUGACAGUGUCGCUUAGCAACGAGAAGAUGUCCGGAGCAAGCAGCCCUAGGUCUGAGGCAGAACAUGCAUCCGACACAGAAGAGAUUAUGCAAGUGACAGGUGGAGAGACUGAAAGAGACAACGUAGCCGACGAAAAGGGAGGUGAUGUGGGAACCCCAGCGGUAACUAGCGGGGUGAGCAUUGCCCCCGUCUCCUCUGCAGCCAGCAUCUCCAGGUCUGUUCUGUCUCACCACAUGGACGGCGGCGCAGGCUCGGAUGACGGCACAGCGGCAGUGUCCUCCUCCUCUCUACAUCGGCUGAGCCGUCAGAUGGCCAAUAGUGAUGAGGAGGAGGAAGAGCCAAACAGUCCAGAAGAGCUAAAGGAAGAUGAUGAAGAAGAAGAAGAAGAACUGGUGGUGUUAGAUCCAGAUCAUCCGCUGAUGACAAGGUUCCAAACCGCUCUUAAGAAUUACCUCGCCAAGCAGAUCCAAAGUCUGGAGCUGGAGCUGCGUGAAAUGAGCACAUCGAUGAAGAAGAAUAAGAGUGAGCGUGAAGAUCUCGGCGUGAUCCUCUACGGCAUACAGCAGGAACUGGCCCGGCAGCAGAUGGGGCUGGAGAAGCACCAUGAUAAGCAUGCUCAGAUCGCCACCUUACGUAGGCAGAUAGAAGAGGAGCUGGAAAAUAUUAGGAAUCUGUACAAGAAAACCCACCACAAUGCAGAUACUGAGCGCAAGAAAGUUUCCUCUAUGCAGACCGAGGUGGAGAACCUGGCUUUGCAUUUAUUCUACAUGGAGAAUAUGUCUGGAGACGUGCGUUCAGACAUCUCAGUUAUGAAACGCGCUGUUCAUAAAACAGAAGCGGAGAGAAUUCAGGCGGAGGUGGAGAAGCAGAAACAGGACAUGUUUGUGGAUCGACUAACACGGGAGGUGGACAGACUUAGGGAGCAGAUCGCUCUCUAUGAAGCCCAAAUUUCUGCUCAGAGAGAAGACACGAAAGCUGCACGAGAAGCAGUCUCUGAGGCCAGCAUGGAGAUUGAAGCUAUAGGUCUAGAAAAGAAGCAGCUCCUACAGCAGUGGAAUAGUAGCCUUAUCGGGAUGACCAGAAGGGAUGAAGCCUACGCUGCUAUUCAGGAAGCUCUUAGCUUGGCACAGCAGGAGCUUCUUUCCAUGGAGGCAGAGAUAGAAGGCUAUAAGAAGUCGGUUACAAAAGAAGAGGAAAAGCACGAGAAGCUCGCGUUUAUGAUUAAUCGUUCAGAGAGUGACGCAGCCAUGAGCAAAAAGCUGAUUUCUCAGUGUCAGGCUACGCAGGAGGCACUGAGAGUGGAGUUCAGCACAUACCUGCGCACAUUAGAGGAGACCGAGCAAGCUCUAAGUCGGGUCACCGCAGAAAGAGCAGGACGCUGGACUGUGCUGAACUCCCUAAGAAAGCAAAUUGAGAAGGAAUCCCAAGUGAAAGGAGCUCUGGAAAAUCAGAUCCUGGAAAAGCUGCAAGGAAAGAUGACCUCUGACAAAGCAGCAAAAUACUCGUCGCUCCUGACCGAAAAACUGCAUCGAAGAAAGCUGGAAUUGGAGAUCGAUUACACGAAGAUGGAGAACGAGACCGCUCAGGUACAGCUGGAACUUAAUCACACCUCAUCACGCAUCCAAGUUCUACAAAGGACCGUGGCCGAGUUGGAUAAAAAAAUUGACACCACCAAUGAACUGAUCUCUCGCAGUCAGAGUGAAAUUGCCAAGCGCACCAUCGCAAUUGAGAGGAAGCAAGCCAGCAUAAAUUUAUACAGCAAGCAAAUCGAGACAACUCUUGCAGAAAUCGGGGGUAAAGAACUGGGACCCCUGGAGAUCCAGAUCACUGCACUGACCAAGCAGAUAGAAGAAUGUAAUCUGGAAAUUGUGUCCGUCCAGCAGUAUUGGCUGCGGUUACAGACGGAGAUGGUCAGGCUGUCCAAGCAGAGGGAAGAGCAGACGGCUUCAGUGGAGAUGUUAAAGAAAGAGCUGACCAUUUUACAACAGAGAAAAGUCCGUACGGAAAAUGAAAUUGAACAAGAGAAAAAUGAGCAAAAGGACAUCGAGCAUCACAUGAAGGGCUUGAAAAAUGACAUGUUGCGUCUGAAUAUGCUGCUCAGCAAACAGUCAAGCUCCAAGGAACAAUUGGCGCAGCAUAACCAACUGAUGGAGAGCGAGUUUAUGCGAUCUCUGCGGGAGGCAGAAAAAGAGUCAAUAGAAAUGCAAGAGAACCUGGAAAACGUACAGGAGGAGAAAGAAAGACUUCUCUAUAGCCUGGUGGAAGCUGAGCAUCAAAUCAUGCUGUGGGAAAAGAAAAUUCAGUUGGCAAAGGAGAUGCGUAAUGCAGUGGACUCCGAAACUGGCCAAGGAGAGAUCAGAGCCAUGAAAGCCGAGAUCCAUCGCAUGCAGGUGCGAUACGCUCAGCUGAUGAAACAACAGGAGAAAAUGAUCCGUGACAUGGAAGCUGUUGUAUCUCGAAGAGAAACAAUUACGAUGCGGGGUAAAAAUCAGACAGAGAAGGACAAAAAGCACAUGACAGCGAAUGAUUUUCAUGGGAAACUACAAGAGCUAAGGAAAAAAAUUAAGGAAAUUGUAAUGAAUACAGACGAGUGUAACAACACCAUCUCUGACCUGGAAGACUCUCAGGAGACGCUCAGUGCGGCUAUCUCCGAAAAACAGCACCAUAUCUCCAGCCUGAAAUUAGACACCAGCUCCAUGGAAAACGAAAUUGAGCAACUACAAGAAAAGAAACGUCAGAACCUAUCACAAAUUGUGGCCUUUCAGACUCGUACGAAGCAAUUGCACGCCGUGAAGGAAGGCAAAUACGUUCCAGUUUUCAGCAGCCCACAGGCAUUGGAAGCAGAGCAGCAGAAACAAGAAAGCCGCAUGCACACAGUCAGCACCAUCAUUCACCAGAUCCAGCAGGAGUAUCCGCAGUACCAGAGCUUCCUGCAUAACAUAAGCCUUGCACUGGAAGCAAGGCUUGGGACCCAGGAAAGUUCUACAGAGAGAGCACCAUGAAUCUUUACGCCUUACUUAACUGAAGAAUGUUAAUUGAAGAAUGUAACCUAAAUAUUCUGGUAAUGAAUAAAGGAUAUAUUAAUUGAAAUAUAAAACCCA